UGCGACGAAAACAAUAUCUGGACCGGCAAGGCAAAGCCUCCAAAUGUCCCAUGUGCGACAUAUGGCACUGCGCAGAAGAUGCGAGCUGCCAUGAGCCACAAGUUUGGUCGUGACCACAAGCUUGGGACACAACCAUGGUCACAACAUCCAACAAUCCCUGGAAAGUCCAUCGGAAACCCAUCGCUCUCAGUCACAGUCUCACAAUACAUGGUUAGUCUUUGUAAGUGCUCUGUACGGUCUGGGGAGGCUGUUACAAGUGCUCGAGCCAUGGACGAAGCAACUAUGAAGCACCUGUGGGAUUUUCUCUGGGCAACACCACACAAUGACGAAAGGCUGAAAAUCCAGCAGAGUGUGAUUCGCAGUAUGCUCCUGCUACUUUAUUUGGUUUUGAUGAUCUGUCUCCUGCGCUAUGACGAGGCAAUGCGGAUCACCUGGGCAGAUAUCACAUUCCAAGUCAAGGACAACUUGGUGCGUUGCUUGAUGAGUAUGCACAACACAUUGGAGCUGACCAGUGACUGUACAGGGAUAGCACCAUUCUAUGUGUAUGCUGACGAGCAACGUCCGUGGAUGUGCUUGGUGCGAAUGUUUGCAGUGUGGUGGAUGUUAGCGAGGGAGAGGUGUGAGAAUCUCGAUGGGUUUAUUUUUCGGAAGAAAAUUGGUACUGACAGUAUUAGUGUGAAUCCCACAGAUGGUAUGACCUCUGAUGCAUUCCUUGAGUGUUUUCGCAAUAACCUCCUGGAUAUUGGCGUGGACCCACGUCCUUAUGGUACUCACUCCUUCCGACGAGGUGGAUGUCAAUUCUUAUACAAGGUAUGCAGAUGGGACUUUGGAGACAUAUGUGAUUGGGGAGGAUGGGCCGAAAAUUUUGACAAUCCAGGUACAAUCUUCAAGUACCUGUUGUCGUGGAAUGACAAUCCUCGGGAGAAGCGAGAGCACUAUAUGAAUCCUAACAGGCCAAGGAAAGACCCUUGCCAUGCUUGUGGUAGAACCUGUCAUUGUGCUUGA